CAAUGGGCUCGGAGGGAUCUUUCGGGAGCGGAGAGGCACGGCGGCUCCUCCCCCGGCCCGGCCCAUCCCGCGGCCCCGCGGCUUCAGCAGGAGAGCGCGGAUAAGAGUUGCGCGCUCGGGUGGGAGAUGCCGCUCGGGCUCCUUCUAGCUGCAGAUUUGCAACCAGCAUAAUGUUGGCACUCCAAAUUUUGGACAAGUAUCGUACAGAAUGGCACAAGCAGACAGUAACCUGGACCAUGACAUACCACUACUGCCCCUUCCAGCACACUGGGCCAAAAGUGUUGUAGGACUCCUUUCCUUCAUCUGCUUUGCGAACAGCUACAAUGGCGACUUUGUCUUUGAUGACUCCGAAGCUAUAAUCAAUAAUAAGGACCUCAGGGCAGAAACCCCACUUGGUGAACUGUGGCAUCAUGACUUUUGGGGGAGCAAACUCAGUAGCAAUACCAGCCAUAAAUCUUAUCGACCACUUACUGUAUUAACUUUCAGGAUUAAUUACCUUUUAGCUGGAGGCUUCAACCCAUUGGGCUUUCAUGUCGUCAAUAUAAUACUCCAUUGUGCUAUCUCUGUCUUAAUUGUUGAUGUCUUCUCAAUAUUAUUGGGUGGGCUGCAGUACACCAGUAAAGGAAGAAGGCUAAACUUUGUCCCCAAAUCAUCCCUGCUCGCGGCUUUGCUGUUUGCUGUACAUCCAGUGCACACUGAAUGUAUUGCUGGGAUUGUUGGCAGAGCAGACCUGCUGUGCGCCCUGUUCUUCUUAUUGUCUUUCCUUGGCUACUGCAAGGCGUUUAGAGAAAGUAAAGAAGGAGCCCAAUUUUCUACUGCCUGGGUCUUACUGAGUGUCCUCCUAGGAGCUCUAGCCAUGCUGUGUAAAGAACAAGGAAUCACAAUACUGGGUUUGAACGCUCUUUUUGACGCUGUGAUGAUUAACAAGCUCAAUAUUUUGGAAGUUCUUUUGAAGAUACUACGCAAGGACAAGUCGCUGGAGAGCCUAGUGGUGUUUAGAAAAGGACUUAUGUUCAGGAUGACUCUUCUGUUAUCUGGAGGAGCCACCAUGCUGUAUGUGCGCUGGCGGAUUAUGGGCACAGGACCACCAGCGUUUACUGAAGUGGAUAACCCAGCUUCAUUCGCAGACAGUAUAUUUGUGAGGGCUAUAAACUAUAAUUACUACUAUUCGUUGAAUGCAUGGUUGCUGCUGUGUCCCUGGUGGCUGUGUUUUGAUUGGUCAAUGGGCUGCGUGCCCCUUAUUAAAUCAGUCAGUGACUGGAGAAUAAUUGCACUAGCAGUUCUUUGGUUCUGCCUAAUUGCUCUGAUGUGCCAAGCCUUGUGCUCCGAAGACAGCCAGAAGAGAAGAAUCCUGACAUUGGGUUUGGGAUUUCUCAUCAUCCCUUUCCUUCCUGCAAGUAAUCUGUUCUUUCGAGUUGGAUUUGUUGUUGCAGAAAGAGUAACCUACCUCCCGAGUAUUGGCUAUUGCAUGCUGAUUACAUACGGAUUCAGUCUAUUGAGCAGACAAGCUAAAAAAAAGAAAUUUCUUGUUGCUGCUCUGCUGGGCCUCUUGUUGGUAAAUGUGUGGCGUUGUGUUAUCCGCAGUAACCAGUGGAGAUCUGAAGAACAACUUUUUAGGAGUGCUUUGUCUGUGUGUCCACUGAAUGCAAAAGUUCAUUAUAACGUUGGCAAAAACCUGGCUGAUAAAGGCAACCAAACAGCUGCAAUCAACUAUUACAGGGAAGCUGUCAGAUUGAAUCCUAAAUAUGUGCACGCCAUGAACAACCUGGGAAAUAUCUUGAAAGAAAGGAAUGAACUCCAUGAAGCUGAAGAGCUGCUGUCACUAGCUGUACAAAUACAGCCUGAUUUUGCAGCGGCAUGGAUGAAUCUGGGAAUAGUGCAGAAUAGCUUAAGAAGGUAUGGAGAAGCAGAGCAAAGCUAUUGGACUGCAAUUAGACACCGAAAAAAAUACCCAGAUUGUUACUACAAUUUAGGACGUUUGUAUGCUGACCUCAAUCGCCACAUAGAUGCAUUGAAUGCAUGGAGAAAUGCCACUGUUCUGAAACCACAACACAGUUUGGCUUGGAACAACAUGAUUAUAUUGCUUGAUAAUACAGGUAAUUUAGCACAAGCUGAAGCUGUUGGAAGAGAGGCUUUGGAAUUAAUACCCAAUGAUCAUUCUCUUAUGUUUUCACUGGCAAAUGUAUUGGGGAAAUCACAGAAAUAUAAGGAAUCUGAAGCUUUGUUCCACAAGGCAAUUAAAGCCAAUCCAACUGCAGCCAGUUACCAUGGUAAUUUGGCUGUGCUGUACCAUCGCUGGGGAAAUCUUGACUUAGCCAAGAAACACUAUGAAAUCUCUCUGAAGCUUGACCCCACAGCAGCUGGGACCAGGGAAAACUAUAGUCUUUUAAAAAGGAAACUGGACCAACUGAAAAAAAAAGGCGAUGUCUGAGGUUUCUUCUCAGGCUUUGAAUGCAUACUGCAUACCAUUUAUGGGCAACAUGGCUACUAAUCACCAGGGAGAAGCAUUCAGUCAUACUGUCAUUUAAAAAAUCACAACAAUAACCCAAUAAUUACGGCAUCAGCAACAAAUACUCAAAAUGUUUCAUGAAGUCUAGUGGCAGAAGUAAAUUUCUUUACAAAAAA